AUGCAGUCGGUGCUCGUCACAGCUGAGACUUGUGGUUCUGCCGUUGUGGCAGAUGACGUGUCACAGACAGAGGGCUCCCAGUCCCUGCAGCUCCAGCACUCGGACUCCUCAGAGAAGCAGCAGCCCAAGAGGUUACACGUCUCCAACAUCCCCUUCCGCUUCCGGGACCCCGACCUGCGGCAAAUGUUCGGGUCCUUCCUCGGUCCUUUCCUGGUCCUUCCUCGGUCCUUCCUCGGUCCUUUCCUGGUCCUUCCUCGGUCCUUCCUCGGUCCUUCCCUGGUCCUUCCUCGGUCCUUCCUCGGUCCUUCCCUGGUCCUUCCUCGGUCCUUCCUCGGUCCUUUCCUGGUCCUUCCUCGGUCCUUCCUCGGUCCUUCCUCUGUCCUUCCUCGGUCCUUUCCUGGUCCUUCCUCGGUCCUUCCUCGGUCCUUCCUCGGUCCUUCCUCGGUCCUUCCCUGGUCCUUCCUCGGUCCUUCCUCGGUCCUUCCCUGGUCCUUCCUCGGUCCUUCCUCGGUCCUUCCCUGGUCCUUCCUCGGUCCUUCCCCGGUCCCUCCCUGGUCCUUCCCUGGUCCUUCCCUGGUCCUUCCUCAGUCCUUCCUCGGUCCUUCCCGGGUCCUUCCUCGGUCCUUCCUCGGUCCUUCCUCGGUCCUUCCCUGGUCCUUCCUCGGUCCUUCCUCGGUCCUUCCCUGGUCCUUCCUCGGUCCUUCCCCGGUCCUUCCUCGGUCCUUCCUCGGUCCUUCCUCGGUCCUUCCUCGGUCCUUCCUCGGUCCUUCCUCGGUCCUUCCCUGGUCCUUCCUCGGUCCUUCCUCGGUCCUUCCCUGGUCCUUCCUCGGUCCUUCCUCGGUCCUUCCCUGGUCCUUCCCUGGUCCUUCCUCAGUCCUUCCUCAGUCCUUCCUCGGUCCUUCCCUGGUCCUUCCUCGGUCCUUCCCUGGUCCUUCCCUGGUCCUUCCCCGGUCCUUCCUCAGUCCUUCCCUGGUCCUUCCUCGGUCCUUCCUCGGUCCUUCCCUGGUCCUUCCCUGGUCCUUCCUCAGUCCUUCCUCAGUCCUUCCUCGGUCCUUCCCUGGUCCUUCCUCGGUCCUUCCCUGGUCCUUCCCUGGUCCUUCCCCGGUCCUUCCUCAGUCCUUCCUCAGUCCUUCCUCGGUCCUUCCUCAGUCCUUCCCCGGUCCUUCCUCGGUCCUUCCCUGGUCCUUCCUCGGUCCUUCCUCGGUCCUUCCCUGGUCCUUCCUCGGUCCUUCCUCAGUCCUUCCUCGGUCUUUCCCCUGGAGAUCCUCUUGGACUCGGUUUCACUUUCGCAGAGCAUGCUCCUCUCUCUGCGGCUGCUCUCUCACACGUCCUCCGAUCGCUGAGUUCCACUUUGCCUCCGGCGCCUCGCUCAGCACUUUAGCCGUGAGACAAAGUGGCGUGCUGGAACGGGCAGCACACCCAACCACAACCACCCAGCUACAACCUCAACCACCCAGCUACAACCACCCAGCCACAACCUCAACCACCCAGCUACAACCACCCAGCCACAACCACCCAGCCACAACCACCCAGCUACAACCACCCAGCUACAACCUCAACCACCCAGCUACAACCACCCAGCUACAACCACCCAGCUACAACCACCCAGCUACAACCACCCAGCCACAACCAUCCAGCUACAACCACCCAGCUACAACCACCCAGCCACAACCACCCAGCCACAACCACCCAGCCACAACCACCCAGCCACAACCUCAACCACCCAGCUACAACCACCCAGCCACAACCACCCAGCCACAACCAUCCAGCUACAACCACCCAGCUACAACCACCCAGCCACAACCACCCAGCCACAACCACCCAGCUACAACCACCCAGCCACAACCACCCAGCUACAACCUCAACCACCCAGCUACAACCACCCAGCUACAACCUCAACCACCCAGCUACAACCACCCAGCUACAACCACCCAGCUACAACCACCCAGCUACAACCACCCAGCCACAACCAUCCAGCUACAACCACCCAGCUACAACCACCCAGCCACAACCACCCAGCCACAACCACCCAGCCACAACCACCCAGCCACAACCACCCAGCUACAACCACCCAGCUACAACCACCCAGCUACAACCACCCAGCCACAACCACCCAGCCACAACCAUCCAGCUACAACCACCCAGCUACAACCACCCAGCCACAACCACCCAGCUACAACCACCCAGCUACAACCACCCAGCUACAACCACCCAGCUACAACCACCCAGCCACAACCACCCAACCACAGCCGCCCAGCCACAACCACCCAGCCACAACCACCAGCUACAACCACCCAGCCACAGCCGCCCAGCCACAACCACCCAGCCACAACCACCCAGCUACAACCACCCAGCCACAACCACCCAGCCACAACCACCCAGCCACAACCACCCAGCUACAACCACCCAGCUACAACCACCCAGCCACGACCACCCAGCCACAACCACCCAGCCACAACCACCCAGCUACAACCACCCAGCCACAACCACCCAGCCACAACCAUCCAGCCACAACCACCCAGCCACAACCUCAACCACCCAGCUACAACCACCCAGCCACAACCACCCAGCCACAACCAUCCAGCUACAACCACCCAGCCACAACCACCCAGCUACAACCACCCAGCCACAACCACCCAGCCACAACCACCCAGCUACAACCACCCAGCCACAACCACCCAGCUACAACCACCCAGCUACAACCACCCAGCCACAACCACCCAGCUACAACCACCCAGCUACAACCACCCAGCUACAACCACCCAGCCACAACCACCCAGCCACAACCACCCAGCUACAACCACCCAGCCACAACCACCCAGCUACAACCACCCAGCCACAACCACCCAGCCACAACCACCCAGCCACAACCAGCCACCCACAACCACCCAGCUACAACCACCCAGCCACAACCACCCAGCUACAACCACCCAGCUACAACCACCCAGCUACAACCACCCAGCCACAACCACCCAGCUACAACCACCCAGCUACAACCACCCAGCUACCACCACCCAGCCACAACCUCAACCACCCAGCCACAACCACCCAGCCACAACCACCCAGCUACAACCACCCAGCUACAACCACCCAGCCACAACCACCCAGCCACAACCAUCCAGCUACAACCACCCAGCUACAACCACCCAGCUACAACCACCCAGCCACAACCACCCAGCUACAACCACCCAGCUACAACCACCCAGCUACCACCACCCAGCCACAACCUCAACCACCCAGCCACAACCACCCAGCUACAACCACCCAGCUACAACCACCCAGCUACAACCACCCAGCUACAACCACCCAGCCACAACCACCCAGCCACAACCACCCAGCCACAACCACCCAGCUACAACCACCCAGCCACAACCACCCAGCUACAACCACCCAGCUACAACCACCCAGCUACAACCACCCAGCCACAACCACCCAGCCACAACCACCCAGCUACAACCACCCAGCUACAACCACCCAGCUACAACCACCCAGCUACAACCACCCAGCUACAACCACCCAGCUACAACCACCCAGCUACAACCACGCAGCUACAACCACCCAGCUACAACCACCCAGCUACAACCACCCAGCUACAACCACCCAGCUACAACCACCCAGCUACAACCACCCAGCCACAACCACCCAGCUACAACCACCCAGCUACAACCACCCAGCUACAACCACCCAGCCACAACCACGCAGCUACAACCACCCAGCCACAGUCUGUGCCUCACCCCCAUUACUCCCCCCCUCCCCUGGCGGCACCCCCACCCGUCCAUCCUCCCCCCUCCAAUCACCGAGGGCCCGCCAGCACCCGCAGCCCAUUCCCGCCCCGCCGUGUCCAAAUGGAGGCGAUGCGGCCCGCUUGACAGGCAAUUCGGGAAGAUCCUGGAUGUGGAGAUUAUCUUUAACGAACGAGGAUCCAAGGUGAGUCUGGGCGACGCCAGCCUGAGAGUCCAGACUCGGAUCAGAGAUGGUUUCUUCGCACCAACUAAACCCAUCGGUGGUGUUCGAACCAAACCUCUCAGAACCGCCAUCGCUGGUGUUCAAACCAAACCUCUCAUAACCGCCAUCGCUGGUGUUCGAACCAAACCUCUCAGAACCGCCAUCGCUGGUGUUCGAACCAAACCUCUCAGAACCGCCAUCGCUGGUGUUCGAACCAAACCUCUCAGAACCGCCAUCGCUGGUGUUCGAACCAAACCUCUCAGAACCGCCAUCGCUGGUGUUCGAACCAAACCUCUCAGAACCGCCAUCGCUGGUGUUCGAACCAAACCUCUCAGAACCGCCAUCGCUGGUGUUCGAACCAAACCUCUCAGAACCGCCAUCGCUGGUGUUCGAACCAAACCUCUCAGAACCGCCAUCGCUGGUGUUCGAACCAAACCUCUCAGAACCGCCAUCGCUGGUGUUCGAACCAAACCUCUCAGAACCGCCAUCGCUGGUGUUCGAACCAAACCUCUCAGAACCGCCAUCGCUGGUGUUCGAACCAAACCUCUCAGAACCGCCAUCGCUGGUGUUCGAACCAAACCUCUCAGAACCGCCAUCGCUGGUGUUCGAACCAAACCUCUCAGAACCGCCAUCGCUGGUGUUCGAACCAAACCUCUCAGAACCGCCAUCGCUGGUGUUCGAACCAAACCUCUCAGAACCGCCAUCGCUGGUGUUCGAACCAAACCUCUCAGAACCGCCAUCGCUGGUGUUCGAACCAAACCUCUCAGAACCGCCAUCGCUGGUGUUCGAACCAAACCUCUCAGAACCGCCAUCGCUGGUGUUCGAACCAAACCUCUCAGAACCGCCAUCGCUGGUGUUCGAACCAAACCUCUCAGAACCGCCAUCGCUGGUGUUCGAACCAAACCUCUCAGAACCGCCAUCGCUGGUGUUCGAACCAAACCUCUCAGAACCGCCAUCGCUGGUGUUCGAACCAAACCUCUCAGAGCACGGCCCUGA